CGGUGGAAGCGGCAGAGAGAAAGGGGGCUGGCUGAAAGGAGGAGGAGCAGGUAGCACGCCAAAGGCCGCCUACAGCCAGCUUCGAGGGAGCAUCGGGGGCAUAGCCCGCAUGGCACCCGCUUCUUUGAAAUGACCGACUGACUCGGUACCUCGGAGAUUUCCCGAGUGAGGCCGGCCAUUUCAUUGUGUUGUGAGGUAAACUCCCAUUCAUUUUGGAGCGUCGGGAGAUAGGCCGCGCCUGAGGGAGGCGGCCACCGAGCUCGAUUAAUGCGGCUUGUGGGCAGCAUCGACUGACCCGUGGCGGCGGACGAGGAGGAAAAAAAAAACACCCUUCUUGUGGGAAGAAAAAUCACCGGUGGAUAUUUGUUUAUUUUCGCGGAGAAUUCAGCUUGAUUAGACACACGGCUGGAGAUGGUGGAUGUGGAUUUCGGUGGCUGCGGUGCAUCUGGAAAUGGCAGCAGCAGCAGAAAGAUGCUGGAGCUGUCUGAGUCUGACUGCGCUGAGAUUGUUCCUCUGCAGCUCUACGAUUCGUCUAGGGCCAAGAUAGCCGCCAAUCUGGCGUGGAUCUUUUCCAAAGCGUAUGGAAUAGAUAAUAUCCCUGAGGAUUUAAGAGAUGCUUUCUACACCGACCAGUAUGACCAAGAGCACAUUAAACCACCUGUCAUUAAGUUGCUGCUGUCGAGUGAACUCUAUUGUCGUGUCUGCAGCCUAAUUCUGAAAGGGGAUCAAGUGGCUGCAUUGCAGGGUCAUCAGCCUGUCAUUCAAGCAUUGUCUCGCAAAGGCAUUUAUGUUAUGGAAAGUGAUGAUUUACCAGUUUCCGAAUCAGACCUCGCGCAGUCUCCAAUCAAAAUGAGUGCCCAUAUGGCUUUGAUUGAUGCACUGAUGAUGGCUUAUACAGUAGAGAUGAUCAGCAUUGAAAAAGUAGUGGCCUCUGUGAAGCGUUUCUCUACAUUUAGUGCCUCAAAGGAAUUGCCGUAUGAUCUGGAAGAUGCCAUGGUCUUCUGGAUAAAUAAGGUGAACUUAAAAAUGAGAGAGAUUACGGAAAAGGAGUUUAAACUUAAACAGCAGAUUGUGGAGAGCCCAAGUCACCAAAAGGUCCGUUAUCGACGAGAUCACCCCUUGAACAAGCAGUUGCCAUUUUUCCCUUUAAUGGAAGAUUUAAUGAGGGAUGUGUGUGAUGGCUGUUCACUUCUGGCAGUCAUUCACUAUUACUGCCCGGAACUCAUGAAGUUAGAAGACAUUUGUUUGAAGGAAGUGACUUCAAUUGCAGACAGCUUGUAUAAUAUUCAACUUCUCAUAGAUUUUUCGAAUCAUUACCUGAACAAAAGUUUCUAUCUCACACUAGAAGACAUGCUGUACAGUCCUUUAGUACUGAAGCCUAACGUUAUGGUGUUCAUUGCUGAGUUAUUCUGGUGGUUUGAAGUUGUGAAGCCUGACUUUGUGCAACCAAGAGAAGUUCAUGAAAUCAAAGAUGCUAAAACACUUCUACAACAGAAGAGCUCUCGCCCACCUCUUCCAAUUUCCAAUGCAACAAAGCGGAGCUUUAUGGUCAGUCCAGCAAAUGGUCCAGGUGAUAUGCCAACGUCUGUUUCACAGAGUAGCCCAGAAAUUGGAACCAGGUAUUGCCUGCAUCCUGAAGAAUUUGUUAAAGGAAGCCCUGCGUUUAGUCCAUCCCAUCCGCUAUUGCCUUUAAGACAGAGGCAGUACAAAUGUCCCCUAUCUAGUGAAGACAGCCCAGAUACUCGACAUCGUUCAAAUUCCCUAACUCGUGUUGAUGGGCAGCCAAGAGGUGCAGUGUUGGCCUGGCAAGAAAGGAAGCCAAGACCCUUGUCUCAGCCAACACCAUUUGCCCUUCAUUAUGCAACUGACAGUGAUGUAGAUGCUGGCUCUGGAGAUAGCGUCAGUUUGGCUAGGUCCAUUAGCAAAGACAGUCUUGCAUCCAAUAUAGUCAACGUAACCCCAAAGCAUCAAUCUCAGAUACUGUCCCCACCUGCAGAAGGCAAUGGGAAAAGUUUGCUACGGAAUGUUGACUUGGACGAUGAGGAUGACGAGGAGCUUAUUGCAAUAAUUAAGUCAGAUGGGGAGCUGCUUAACAAUUCUGAUCUUGAGUUACAAAGUGUUUCGUCAAAAGUCACAAGUCAGGCCUUGCCAUCAAAGUCUCCCAAAAGACAGCAAAAUGACAUUGAAGUAACAAACCAAUCUGGCGGGUUCUUUUUAGAACCUUUAAUGCCUGCAGUCUUAAAACCAGCCAAGGAAAAUCUCCUGAUUGUUAACAAGUAUGAAGAAUGUGGAGAGCGAAGAUACAGACCUUCCUCAGCAAAGAGAGUAAUGGAUGGACAUUUGCCUUCAACGCGCAAAAAAGCAGUGAAUAUCAGUAUGGAGUCAGACAUUAACAGGACUUUCACCCCUAUAACUAGCUCUGACUUCAUUGUAGUUUCUGAUUCAGUCAGUGAAAAGUCACUGCGACAUGUCGAAGAAUCCGGAGUUUCCUUAAGUAAUUUUAGGCCGUUGGCUGGUAGUAGUGUUGAAACUGCAAUUCAGGGGGAAUCUGGGGGCUUCUUCCUUCAUACUGGUGAUCUUGAGGAAGGACUGGAUGGUGUGUCAAUAAAUAACGAAACCACUGUAGGAAAUAGUAAACCACAUGACACAACGUGGAUUAUGAAUAUGCAAGAUUCUGAUUCAGAAGUGCUAGAUAUGGAAGAGACUGACCAAGAUCUAGUUACGGAUGAAGAGGUCCAACAAGUCAGAAGUGGGGACAGUGGAGAAGAGGAGUCUAGAAAAUUGCAUCAUGAUAUGAAGGUGAAGGAACAUGAGGACAAGGAUGGUGCCAGUGGACGUUCCAGUCCUUGUCUGAGUACGAUUUCACAGGCUAGCAGCACAUCCAUGACCAGUACUAGUAUUACAAUGACUAACUUUGCUGAGCGUAAACUACAAAGACUUAACAGUGCUGAGGCAAAAUCUAGUGCGAGUAGCUCUCAAAAGACCACUCCAGAUGGGUCAGAAUGUUGCCCUUUACCCAUGAUGACAUGGAGGCAGAGACGAGAACAGAGUCCCAGUAGACAGACCAAAAACAAUGCUCAGAUGCUGGCCUCUGAACUUGUGCAACUUCACAUGCAGCUUGAGGAGAAACGCAGAACAAUUGAAGCUCAGAAAAAGAAAAUGGAAGCACUCUCUGCUAGACAGCGUCUAAAAUUGGGCAAAGCUGCUUUCUUGCAUAUUGUUAAAAAGGGGAAGAAUGAAGGGAUUCCUCAACCACUUAAGCCUGAAUACGUCACAAAAGAAGCUGAGCUUCCAAGUAAUGAGGAAAGUGUUGCUCUAGUAUGCCAGUCCCCUAGAUCAGAUGAAGAUUUUGCGAACAAAGAGGAUUACUUAAAACAGCUAGAAGAAGAAGGGGCAAAAGAUUUGCGUGAGAAAAUCACAGAAAAUGAUAUCCAAGAAAGCAUUGCGGCAGUUAGGCAGCGGUGGUUAAAGGAAUCUUCACAGAUAGCUCAAGAUGUUGACAAGAACAAGGUGAAUUCAAAUGGUUUUGAGGAUGGUAUGGCAGAUGUUGAUAUGAACGAAUACAAUCGGUCUAUUGAGAAACUUAAUGAAACUCUGAGCAACCUUCAGUUUGAGAUGCACAAGCUUUCGCAGCAGCAGGAGCUCUUGAUGAAGCUUAAGGACCAGGCUCCAAACACACCUCUACCAAAUGUUAAUCGCAAUCUGCAUGACCAAAAGGUCCGGCAAGCAGUGCAGAUUGUGGAACCGCUAUCACCUACAGGAGGUAGUCCAUCACAAGCUAUACGUAAGCAGCCACGCAGCACUCCAUUGAAAAGUCCUCGUUCAACAAGGCCAACAGAAUUAAAAGUGCCUCGGGAUUCUAAAAUGCAAGGCUCCUUUCGGAUUAUCACACCUACACAUAAUGUCGAAACUCUACCCCAUCUACGACCCUCUCCAGGUAGUAAACCAUUAAGGUCUGAGAUUGAUGAUAUUACUGUUGAUGGUGGUGUCAGCACAGGGACUUCAGAAGGCAGAUCUUCUAAAGGUUCUGUAGAGCAUACUUCUGAAAGGAUGAAGGAUGCUGAUGGCCCAAAGGAAGAUGACGAAGGUAACCAGCGGACAUCGGUGCUUUCAACAACCCAAAAAGACAGUUAUAAUUAUUUCUAUGAACAAAUCAACACUGAGGCAGUAAUUAGCACCCCAAAGAAAGCUGAAUAUCCAACACUCAUCUCUUCAGAUAGAUCAGGGAAGGAAAACAUUCCUGUUGAGGAACAAACCAAAAACAAGGCAAACCUCAUUGAAGUAGAUAUCUCUGAACUGAAGGCACCAGCAGAAGGCGAAACAUCCGAAAGUCAAGGCCUUUCCACCAGUCAUGUGAUCUGCGAAUCUGAUCAGAGGUCUGGAUUAGGCUUUUUCUUCAAGGAUGAUCAGAAAGCAGAAGAUGAGUUGGCAAAGAAGCGGGCUGCGUUCCUUCUAAAACAGCAGCGCAAAGCAGAAGAAGCUCGCUUACGAAGACAGCAAUUGGAUGCUGAAAUAGAGCAGAAGCGUGACGAAGCAAGGCGCAAAGCUGAAGAGGACCGGAUUCGUAAAGAAGAGGAGAAAGCACGGAGAGAACUGAUCAAACAGGAAUAUCUGAGGCGUAAACAACAGCAAAUCCUUGAGGAACAAGGACUUGUUAAACCCAAACCUAAAGUUAAGAAGCAACGCCCAAAAUCGGUGCAUCGGGAGGAAUCUUCUAGCGAUACCCCAUCUCAAUAUUCUUCUACCCUUGAUAAUCUGAGCAGUGCUCAGUUUGGUUCCAGUCUCUCUCUGGCAUCAGCUACUACUACCGAGGCAGAAAGUGUGAAUUCUGGCGGUGGAAGUGGUAGUGGUGGUUAUUCACAAAGGACAGAUUCUAUGGAAACAUUUUCGGUGUCGAGCAGAAAUCAGAGUAGAAACACAGAACGAGACUGGGAGAAUACGUCCACAGCCUCAUCAAUUACAUCAGUAGCUGAGUACACAGGUCCAAAACUAUUUAAGGAACCAAGCUCCAAGUCAAACAAAUCAAUAAUCCAUAAUGCUAUCUCACACUGCUGCCUUGCAGGGAAAGUAAAUGAGGCACAGAAAAACUCAAUACUUGAGGAGCUUGAGAAAUGCGAGGCUAACCAUUACAUCAUCUUGUUCCGUGAUGCGGGCUGCCAGUUCCGAGCACUUUAUGCAUAUUCCCCAGACUCUGAAGAGAUCCUGAAGUUAACUGGGACAGGGCCAAAAAACAUUAAUAAGAAGAUGAUCGACAAGCUUUACAAAUACAGCUCGGACAGAAAGCUGUUUAGCUUAAUACCUACUAAAACCAUGUCAGUCAGUGUGGAUGCUAUCACAAUUCACAAUCACCUGUGGCAAGCCAAGCGGUCUGCAGUGCCAAAGAAGCAGUCAACUGGAAAAUGAAAGAAUUUUUUGCUGGUUAAGUUUGAAAUUCUCAGACGCCCUCCCCCUGCAAAGUAGUUGAUUGUGUUGAAAUUCACAACUUUUCCAUUUUAUUUGGUGGCCGUUCCAUUCUGGGAGAGUUCAAAUCCCUUCAGAUUCCGUUACAGACGAGAGAAUGGAAACUUUUGUUUGUAAAUGAAAUAUGAUGUAUUCUUCAAAGGAUGGAGUGAAUUCAUGGGCCAUUAUCCUGAAAGAUUUUUGGUCUCUGGGUGUCAAGAUCUGGCAGUGCGUGUCAGAACUCUGGCUUAAUUUUCUGCACUGGUUACUCUGGCUUGUAGCAGUCUUUUCUUUGCAUGUGGCAAGUUUCCUAACCAGUGGAUUCUUAAAAGUAUUUGUGGACAGUAGAUGUGAAAAUCCUCUUCGGCAUUAUCUUUCUUUUCCCCUCUAUUCCUCUGUGGAAUAGUGUCUCCAUGAAGAAUUAGUAAUACAGCAGUUAAAUUUGGCUUGAGGUAUACUUGGAAUGUUAGGUUUUAUAACACUACUUUUACUACAGUAUUGAUCUGAAAUUGAAACAAUAUAGAAAACUUUUUUUUCCUGUAUUGGUGAAGGUAAUUCCGGUCUGCCUUUGGCUUAACUGGGUGCAGCAAUUGGAUCAAUUCAAUAACUGCCAAGGAACAAUGAUUGCUGACUUUCCACAAUUCCAGAUACUCCUUAAUUUUCUCCUUGUACUCUUGCCGAGAACAGUGAUAGAUUGUGAGCUGUGCAUUUUAAGAAAGCAUCAUGACUGAUUUUACCAAUAGCCAUAGUACUCUUGGCACAGCAAUCAUGCAGAAGUAUCUGCGCAAACCACACAAGAUGGCAAGAUGAUGGAAUUGACAGUCUGAUUUAAUAAACAUUUGAAUUUGGCACAUUUUAUAAGUACCAUCGUUUUAGACAAAGCUUGUGUUCUGCAGUAAUGAUUGGGUGUUAAUUGUUCAGUAAGGAAGAUUGUCGUAGAAGUAGAGUAUUAGCACAGAGCACCUUGCUGUCUGAAGGCACACUGAGAGAUCACAGUCAAAAUUUAAUGCUUUUUAAUUGCAUCAUGCAUUCUGAAAAUCUUCUAUCCUCUCUCUCAUUUUCCAAUACUGUAUGAGCAGCAUGCUCUUGUAAGGGUGUACAUUCUGUUAAACCUCAAACCUUAUUUUCUUUUGGGAUUGCAGUAUUUAAUAUAUUUCUUAACCUCUUAUUCUUUCGUGUGUCAUCCUUAGCUAAUUUCUGCACAAUGGAAUUUCUCUCAGCAGGCACUCAUCAAACACAGCUUUCUUUUCCUGUUCUGAAGUUUUUAACGUAACCUGUCAAGAGCUGCGUGUGUUCUGUUUAAAAUAAAAAAAUCUUUCUAUUAAGUGGUAUAGUGGAAAAUAAUUUGAUCGCUGUAUGUGUGGUCAUGGUGAUGAUCCUUAAAGCUGCAUCCUUUUCCCCAUUACUAUGCAGCAUUGUCAUUCAGUGGUGAUGACCUAAUAAGACAGCUGUAAAGCUGCUUACAGCGCACGAUUUUGAAUUUCUCUUGAGCAUGUCCAUCGGGUCAGAGUACCACUGACAUAAGACAGUUUCUGAAAUAGGAACUUAUUUUUAAAAACAGAAAUUGAGGCUUUAUGGAUAAUCAUAGUAUUUAAUUGCUGCUGUCUAUAGACAAUUUCAUUUUUUUAAAGCUAUGUAAAAAAUACACUCCAAACCUGAUUGGUAACGGAAAAGACAGCAGAGGGUUUGCAGUUGUAACCAAGUACUGCAGUCAUGGUUAUGUGUGGGUUUACCUACAAUGGUAUACUGUCUGAUUUGAAAAUGGAGUCAGCUUCAUCUUGGGAGUAGGUUAAGUUUCUCCAACAGAGAAAGAAGCUUGUGGUUUACUGAAAUUGUUCUUAUGCAGAUUUUACACUUCUGUUUUAUUUUUGGUUAUUGGUUUAUAGGAAGGGAAUUAUUGUUAAAUGGUUAGCCUUUGCUGUCUGUCUCUUACCACCCUUUUCAAAAACCUUUGUGGCUGUGCACAAGCAAGUUACAUUUGCUCAUGCACGGUUACUGAAUGUGAGAUGGAUUGUGUGCAUUUAAAAAUGUUCAAACAAAAUUGAUGGAGCGCCAUGGAGAAAUGUUUUUUAUAUAUAUAUAUAAAAGAAAUAUAUAUAUGCAAGAAUUUUCAUUGGUCUGCCAGAAAUCUUAAUUUCUAAAAUGUGAAUGAAAUAGUGUCAAAGAAUUUUUUUUUUCCUUUUUAAAUCUGUGUUUAUGCAUUGCAUUUUUACAACCAACUGUAAUGCAUCUGUUCAACCUGGUUAGUAAAGAAAUCAGCAAACAUUUGAUUUUGCUGAUGGUUUUUGGUGAGUGCGUGAUACAGAGGACUGAAAGUUGUGACGAAUAAGUAUGGUGUAGCAAUACUUGAAAUGUUUAUCUCUGAUUAAGUGGGUUCUUGAAGAGAAAAUGAUUAAAAACAUACAAGCUUUA